CAACGGCAUCACACUACGCAUUUACAUUUUUGCAACUGUCCAAGUGUCAUCACGCGAAUCAAUUCUCUUCACGAUUGUUGAUAAUUCUUCUGCAGGAUUAACAAAGUAGAGCUUACCUGAUCAAGAGUAAUUUCCCUUGCAACCGCGACUUUCUCACCUCUUAAACAUCCUCCAGCCAUGAGUAUCAUAAGACAAAAUUUUCACCCCGAGUGUGAAAACGCUUUAAACGAUCAAAUUAACUUGGAAUUAUACGCUAGUUACGUUUAUCUGUCAAUGGCCUAUCACUUUGAUCGUCACGAUAUCGCCUUACCUGGUCUCAGCAGCUACUUCAAGAAGGCAUCAGAUGACGAACGCAACCAUGCUAUGAAGUUCUUGGCUUACCAAAAUAAACGUGGAGGCAGAAUCAUUUUCAUGGAUAUCAAAUGCCCCGAGAAGGGUGAUUGGGGUACCGGUAAAGAUGCUAUGAAUGAAGCUCUGAACUUAGAGAAGAAAGUAAACGAGAGUUUGCUCAAUCUACACAGCUUGGCAUCUGGCCACAAUGAUCCAAACUUUUUGGACUUUUUGGAGACGGAGUUUCUGCAGGAACAAGUUGAUUCUAUCAAAGAAAUUGGAGACCAUGUCACCAACCUUGAAAGGGUCGGUGAAGGCCUGGGCGUUUUUAUGUUCGAUAAACAGUUACAGGAUUCAGACUAAAACACACCAUUUUCUCCUUGCGGAAAUAUUUGCAAUUGAUAUUAUUUUUUACGAUAAUCUGUGAUUAUUAAUUUUCUGUGAUUUAAAAACUUCUACUACUCAAAGUAUUUGCUGUAUCUAAUAUUUAAAUCUUGCAUAUCAGUUGCUGUAAUUUACUAUAAUUGAAUUAUACACGCACAGUUUAGGAUAAGUUUUCUGCACAAGUACUGUCAUGUAUAUGGACUGAUGACUGGUUAGUGAAAAAGGGCUUUCCGCUUUAUAAUUAGGUAACUCAUAUAGUCAAUUUGAAUUGCAAUAAUGUAAACGCGCAUAUAUCAAGGUUAAUCAACAUUUGAUAUCGAUAGGCUUAAUACUCAAGUAUUCUUUGACUUUGACUAAAGCUUAUCUUUAAGAAUAUAUUGAAGUAUUUUUUUAAUAUGUGUGCUUCUGCUUAAACACCCUGAGUAUCUUAGAUAUUCAGAAUUGAACAACUCUAUCUUGAAA